GUCUUUUUUUUUAAAACUUCCCACGUGAUCGGUUUUUACUUUCACUUUCACGGUAAGGCAGUGUCGCAGCAAGAAAUUCAACAGGUUCUUAAACACAACAGUUGGUAUCCAGCCGUUCUGUUUCCAGCAGAGUGACAUUAUGGGGAGCUCAUCAUCUAAGCCUGCACCAGAUGAGCCUCCAUUGACCCAGAGCAGAAAUGAUCAGCAGUCUGACCCACCAAAUGAGCCUCCAUUGACCCAGAGCAGAAAUGAUCAGCAGUCUGACCCACCAAAUGAGCCUCCAUUGACCCAGAGCAGAAAUGAUCAGCAGUCUGACCCACCAAAUGAGCCUCCAUUGACCCAGAGCAGAAAUGAUCAGCAGUCUGACCCACCAAAUGAGCCUCCAUUGACCCAGAGCAGAAAUGAUCAGCAGUCUGACCCACCAAAUGAGCCUCCAUUGACCCAGAGCAGAAAUGAUCAGCAGUCUGACCAGCGACUUGUGAGGGUGACUUACAUCAGCAACACUAUGCGCUACCUGUAUCACCCACCAAAUGAGCCUCCAUUGACCCAGAGCAGAAAUGAUCAGCAGUCUGACCAGCGACUUGUGAGGGUGACUUACAUCAGCAACACUAUGCGCUACCUGUAUCACCUUGAGUUUGUAUUAUCGUUGCCGGAUGAGAGAUUUUCGACAAGUCAUACCUUAACUUUAGAAGAGUUUCUGAAAGCAGCUAUGAAGGAAGAAGAGAAGAAAAAGAAAGAAGGCACAACCACAGAAAAAUAUAGUCUACUAUGGAAAUUUCUGGGGAAAGCCAAUUCAAAGCAAUCUGUGCCACCCAUGACGCGCAGCAGCAGCUUUGAAUUCCUUCCACCUAACAUGUCUGAGCUGAGGGUUGUUCUGCUGGGGAACAGCUGGUCUGAGAGGAGUUCAGUGGGGAACUUCAUACUGGGAGAGACUAAGUUCAACACUGAGGAAGAACCAGAUGACUGUCUGAGAGAAAGUGGACAGUUGGAAGAGAAAGAAAUAGUUCUCAUCAACACACCAGAUCUGCUUAUUCCAAACACUGACCAACAGAGAAUGCACAUAGGUUUCUGCCAGAUACUCUCUGCUCCUGGACCUCAUGUGUUCCUGCUGGUUCUGCAGCCUGAAGACUUUACUGAGGAACAGAGAUUAAAGCUCUGCAGAGUCCUGGAGCUCUUCAGUGAUCGAUCAUUUCAUCACUCACUAGUUCUGAUAUCAACACCCAGAAAGGAGAGUCCAGGUUUCAUGGAAGAAUAUCGGCAACAUCCUCCCUUAAAAGAGGUGAUCAGAAAAUGUCACUACAGGUUUCUGUGGAGGAAAGACCUUGAACUUCCAGAGCUGUUAACACGCCUGCGACAGAUUGUGAACGAGAACAAUGGAGAGCAUGUGAAUGUAUGAACAGUUUGCUCCUUCUUGCAAAUGUAAGAAUAAUAAUGUGGCAUCGAUCCUAGAUGACUGCAGUACAGAAACAGAGGUUAACACACCUUCUGACACGUGAUCUAGAUUGACCAAAAUAUCAUUGGUCAUGAUGAUGAUUUUUAUUAAAUCAAGGCUUUGGUCAUCCCUUCCAGUCAAUUUUCCAUGAAUAUGCUUUGAUACAGCACUCUGUGAACAGCCAUCCCUUUCUCCUUGUGGAGGCUGUAUAUGAGUGUCUUCUGGUCAACUGUCAAGUCAGACAUCUUCCUUGUGAUUGGUGUUGUUUGACCUGAACCAGACUGAAAGAUUCAAUGCUCUUCUCUGGUUGACAUUUGUUUAUUAUAGAUUGCUUACUCUAAUUUUUUGAGAUAUGGAUUUUUUUUUUUUUAUGGAUUGGAGUCUAAAGUUUCACUUUUAAAUUAUGGGGAAAAAUGAGCUUCACAAUAUUCAAAUUUUCUGAGAUGUACCUGUAGACAUCACUUUAUAUGUAAUGAGUCUAAAAUAAAUAAAAGUUUCACUUUUUUAAUUAAAUGAUGGGGGAAUAUUCUAAUUUUAUGAGAUGUACCUGUACAGAUUGUGUGUGUGUGUUGGAGAGAGAAGCACAACUGUUCAGUUUAAGUGUCUGUGUAUGUGUGUGCGCUUCGUAACUGCGGAGCCCAAGGGCCUGUCUUACCAACCUGCACUGGGGGCAGCUCACUCGCUGCCUCUGUACAUGUCAUCAUUUCUUAUAAACCUCUUCUCUAUUUUACUGGACAUAAUUUUUUCAUCUGUAACAUUCAGGAUCAUAGAUAUAUAUAGAUAUACUGUAGAUAUAAUUUUUUUUAAUUUUUCACCUCUAAUAAGUUGUUGUAAAAAAAGAAGAUGUAGACAAUCUUUCCGCUCUGUUGUUUAAGUAAAUAUUUUUAAUGCAGCCUGUAGUUCUCAUAAGUUAUGUAGGCAUACUUAUGUGUGAAACCUGGUGAGCAUUACUGAGAGUCAAAAAUUAUCUCCAGCUCUGGGGCUUUCAGAUCUUUUAAUGCUUUUUUGGGUUUAAUUCUGUUUGAAGAACCAGCAGGGAAAGGCCGUGCUCUGAACUGUUCGUACUUGUGUCAAGUAAAAUAAAAGUGAAGUUGAGUCAUUUA